AACGAGUGCAGACAGCGGAAGUGCGAGAGUAAGACGAAAGUAAGCAAACAUUGAAUAUUAUAUUUUAUUAAAGAGGAGAAAUGUUAAACAACCGAUUAUAAUAAUCAGUUUUGAUGCAUGCUGGAGGGUGAUGCCCCACUAUGUUUUACUGAAUAGCAGAGAGACGAUUUAACUUCUAACCUGAAGAAUCUGAUUGAGUUUCAUUGAAGAACAACACAGAAGACAAAGAUGGCAACUGCAAGCAGGAAUGAGUUUCAGCUUGUUGUCCCUGAAACAGCUCAGAGAACUAGAGUUAAAAUAGGGGAUGAAUUCACUAUACCAUGUCACCUGUCACCUGAAAUCAGUGCUGUUGAGAUGGCGAUCAGAUGGUUUAAGAAGACAAACUGUGUGUGCAUCUAUAAGAACAGAGAGAUGAUUGAAGGGAGAGGAUUCGAGGGCAGAGUGAAUCUGAUCACUGAGAAGCUGGAGAAAGGAGAUGUUUCCUUAUCACUGAAAAACUUCAGACCGUCUGAUCGGGGAGAUUAUGUGUGUCAGGUCACCAGUGGAGUCAAAACAGAGGAGAUAACAGUAACAUUUUGGUUGGUGCAGUUCGGAGAUUCUCUAUGUUUAAUGACGGAGAAAGUAAACAGAACAUGGACUGAAGAGGAGAGAUUAGAAAUGGAGGACUCUGCUCUAAUGGCAGAGUUGAAUGAAAAAUGCAAACGUUUGGAAGAUACUGAGAAACUUCUAGGUGAAAGAGAGACACAAAUUAAAGAUCUUGAGAAGAGCAAAGAAACAGCUUUAGAGGAAAAGGACAAACUUUUAAAUAAAUCUAAUGAUAAACUACUACAAACAACCAGAGAGAUUGAAGAGAAAAAUAAACUGAUGAGUGAGAAAGAGAGACUACUGGAGAACACAGUCAAAGAACUGGAAACCAGUAAACAUCAACUGGAAACACUGAGAAAUGAACUACAGGAGAUGAAGACACAACUGGAUGAACAGAAAACUAAAUUCACUCAUCAGGAGAAAACACUACAAGAACACAAACAACAGCAGCAACAAUCUGAUCAAGAAAUCAAAAAUCUGCAUUCUGAACUAGAAAGACUGAAAAGCGAGUCAUCUACACAUUUAUCUGAGUUGAAUGAAAAAUGCAAACGUUUGGAAGAUACUGAGAAAAUUUUAGGUGAAAGAGAGACACAAAUUAAAGAUCUUGAGAAGAGCAAAGAAACGGCUUUAGAGGAAAAGAACAAACUUCUAAAUAAAUCAAAUGAUAAACUAUUACAAACAACCAGAGAGAUUGAGGAAAAACAAACAGAAAUUGAAGAGAAAAAUAAACUGAUGAGUGAGAAAGAGAGACUGCUGGAGAACACAGUCAAAGAACUGGAAACCAGUAAACAUCAACUGGAGACACUGAGAAAUGAACUACAGGAAAAUAACAGCAAACUACAACUACUGCUGGAGGAAAACAAACUACUGAAGAGUUCUGAAACAUCAAUUUCAACAGCACCAGUAAGACGACGACGCAGUAAGGAGUUAGAUCCUCCAAUAAUGAGUGGAGAAACAGCUUCAGUGUUAGUUUCUGGAUUAGAGCUCAGGUUGGUUCUGUUGGGGAGUGCUGGAUCUGAGAAGAGUGCAGCAGUAAACAUCAUCCUGAACAGAGAGGAAAAGAUCCAGACUGAUACAUCAACAGAGAUCCAGCAGAGUGAGAGCAGACAGGGGGAGGUGAAUGGGAAGCAGGUGACUGUGGUGGAAACUCCUGACUGGUUUUGCUCUGGUCUCUCUCUGGAGGAGGUGAGAGAGGAUGUGAGACUCUGUGUCCGUCUGUCUGCUCCAGGACCUCACGCCUUCCUCCUGGUCAUACCAGUACAACAAUCUACUGGAGCAGAGAGAGCAAUGCUGGAGAAAAUGGAGGAGAUUUGGGGUGACAGAUGUUGGAGGAACACUAUGAUCCUUUUCACUGUUACUGAUGAAGAACAAAAGAAGAACAUUGAGAAUUUUGUCCAGUCAGGGAAUCAGGAGGUCCAGAGACUUGUAGAGAAAUGUGGGAACAGGUUUCACUGUCUCAACAUUCAUCAGAGUGGAGAUGAUUCACAGAUCUCAAAGCUGCUGGAGAAGAUUGAGAUGAUGAUGAAAGAAAACACAGAGAAAUUUUACAGCAGUGAGAUCUACCUGGAGAUUGAGUCUCAGAUCAGAGCGAUGGAGAGAAAGAUCAUAAAAGACACAGAGGAGAGAAAAGAGAGGGAGGAGAGAGAGAUAAAAGAAAAAAUAGAAAAGGAGGUGCAGAGGUCCCUGAAAAAGAUAGAGGGAGCGAUUGAGGAACAUGAAGGAGAUAUUCAACAACUUAAUGAGAGAACAGGUGAACUAGAGAGACAGAUGAGAGAAGAAAAAGAUGAAGAGAAGAAGAAAGAACUAAAGAGAGAGUUGGAAAAAGAUAUGGAGAAGAGAUCAAAGCUGGAGAGAAAGAUUAACAAACUGAAAGAUCAGAGAGAGAGAGAAAAGAUUGAGAUGGAGGAAAAACACAGACAGGAGAUGGAGGAGAUCAGACAGAUGUAUGAAGGAGAGAUGAGGGUGGAGACAGAGAGAAACCUCAUGAAGAUCAUCCUACCUGAAAUUCAGAAAAACAUUUUGGAAUCAAAGUCAAAGAUGCAGGAGGAGUUUAACAGACAGAUGGAGAAGAAGAACAGAGAGAUAGAGACACUCAAUGACAAUUAUUCAAAAGUAUGGGACCUUUAUGAGUCAGCAAUGAAGCAAAAUAAGACAAAGAUGGCAACUGCAAGCAGCAAUGACUUUCAGCUUGUUGUCCCUGAAACAGCUCAGAGAACUAGAGUUUACAUAGGGGAUGAAUUCACUAUACCAUGUCACCUGUCUCCUGAAAUCAGUGCUGUUGAGAUGGCGAUCAGAUGGUUUAAGGAGACAGACUGUGUGUGCAUCUAUAAGAACAGAGAGAUAAUUGAAGGGAGGGGAUUCGAGGGCAGAGUGAAUCUGAUCACUGAGAAGCUGGAGAAAGGAGAUGUUUCCUUAUCACUGAAAGACUUCAGACGGUCUGAUCGGGGAGAUUAUGUGUGUCAGGUCACCAGUGGAGUCAAAACAGAGGAGAUAACAGUAAGAGUAAAAGAAGAAGAAAAAAGAGUAAAACAUGGAGGAGGAUUUAUGUCCAGUUUCUUUCGAGGUUCAUGUUUAAUGACAGAGAUAAACAGAACAUGGACUGAAGAGGAGAGAUUAAAAAUGGAGGCGUCUGCUCUAAUGGCAGAGUUAGAAAAAUACAAGAAUCCUGAAGAGUUGAAAAGACUUCUCAAAGUAAGAAACAAACUCAUACAGGAGAAAGAAAAUAUUCUUUUAGAGAGCAAACAGACACUUCAAAUGAAGGACAUGGCUUUAGAGGAAAAGGACAGAAAUCUUAAAGACAUGGAUGAUAAACUGCUGCAAACAAUCAAAGAACUUGAGGGAAAACAGAAUCACCUUGAGCAGAAAGAGACACAAAUGGACAAUAUGAGCAAACUGAUGAUUGAGAAAGAGAGACUGCUGGAGAACACAGUCAAAGAACUGGAAACCAGUAAACAUCAACUGGAGACACUGAGAAAUGAACUACAGGAGAUGAAGACACAACUGGAUGAAUGGAAAACUAAAUUCACUCAUCAGGAGAAAACACUACAAGAACACAAACAACAGCAGAAACAAUCUGAUCAAGAAAUAAAAAAUCUGCAUUCUGAACUAGAAAGAGUGAAAAGCGAGUCAUCUACACAUUUAUCUGAGUUGAAUAAAAAAUGCAAAUGUUUGGAAGAUAUGGAGAAACUUCUAAGUGAAAGAGAGACACAGAUUAAAGAUCUUGAGAAAAGCAAAGACACGGCUUUAGAGGAGAAGGACAAACUUCUAAAUAAAUCAAAUGAUAAACUAUUACAAACAACCAGAGAGAUUGAGGAAAAACAAACAGAAAUCGAAGAGAAAAAUAAACUGAUGAGUGAGAAAGAGAGACUGCUGGAGAACACAGUCAAAGAACUGGAAACCAGUAAACAUCAACUGGAGACACUGAGAAAUGAACUACAGGAGAUGAAAACACAACUGGAUGAACAGAAAACUAAAUUCACUCAUCAGGAGAAAACACUACAAGAACACAAACAACAACAGCAACAAUCUGAUCAAGAAAUCAAAAAUUUGCAUUCUGAACUAGAAAGACUGAAAAGCGAAUCAUCUACACAUUUAUCUGAGUUGAAUGAAAAAUGCAAAUGUUUGGAAGAUAUGGGGAAACUUCUAGGUGAAAGAGAGACAAAAAUUAAAGAUCUUGAGAAGAGCAAAGAAACAGCUUUAGAUGAGAAGGACAAACUUUUAAAUAAAUCAAAUGAUAAACUAUUACAAACAACCAGAAAGAUUGAAGAGAAAAAUAAACUGAUGAUUGAGAAAGAGAGACUACUGGAGAACACAGUCAAAGAACUGGAAACCAGUAAACAUCAACUGGAGACACUGAAAAAUGAACUACAGGAAAAUAACAGCAAACUACAACUACUGCUGGAGGAAAACAAACUACUGAAGAGUUCUGAAGCGUCAAUCUCAACAGCACCAGUAAGACGACGACACAGUAAGGACUUGGAGCCUCCAGCGAUGAAUGAAGAAACAGCUUCAGUGUUGGUUUCUGGAUCAGAGCUCAGGUUGGUUCUGAUGGGGAGCGCUGGAUCUGAGAAGAGUGCAUCAGUAAACAUCAUCCUGAACAGAGAGGAGAAGAUCCAGACUGAUACAUCAACAGAGAUCCAGCAGAGUGAGAGCAGACAGGGGGAGGUGAAUGGGAAGCAGCUGACUGUGGUGGAAACUCUUGACUGGUUUUGCUCUGGUCUCUCUCUGGAGGAGGUGAGAGAGGAUGUGAGACUCUGUGUCCGUCUGUCUGAUCCAGGACCUCACGCUUUCCUCCUGGUCAUACCAGUACAACAAUCUACUGGAGUAGAGAGAGCAAUGCUGGAGAAAAUGGAGGAGAUUUUUGGGGAGAGAUGUUGGAGGAACACCAUGAUCCUUUUCACUGUUACUGAUGAAGAACAAAAGAAGAACAUUGAGGAUUUUGUCCAGUCAGGGAAUCAGGAGGUCCAGCGACUUGUAGAGAAAUGUGGGAACAGGUUUCACUGUCUCAACAUUCAUCAGAGUGGAGAUGAUUCACAGAUCUCAGAGCUGCUGGAGAAGAUUGAGAAGAUGAUGGAAGAAAACACAGAUACAUUUUACAGCAGUGAGAUCUACCUGGAGAUUGAAUCUCAGAUCAGAGCGAUGGAGAGAAAGAUCACGAGAGACACAGAGGAGAGAAAAGAGAGGGAGGAGAGAGAGAUAAAAGAAAAAAUAGAAAAGGAGGUGCAGAGGUCCCUGAAAAAGAUAGAGGGAGCGAUUGAGGAACAUGAAGGAGAUAUUCAACAACUUAAUGAGAGAACAGGUGAACUAGAGAGACAGAUGACAGAAGAAAAAGAUGAAGAGAAGAAGAAAGAACUAAAGAGAGAGUUGGAAAAAGAGAUGGAGAAGAGAUCAAAGCUGGAGAGAAAGAUUAAAAAACUGAAAGAUCAGAGAGAGAGAGAAAAGAUUGAGAUGGAGGAAAAACACAGACAGGAGAUGGAGGAGAUCAGACAGAUGUAUGAAGGAGAGAUGAGGGUGGAGACAGAGAGAAACCUCAUGAGGAUCAUCCUACCUGAACUCAAGAGAAACAUUUUAGAUUCAAAGUCAAAGAUGCAGGAGGAGUUUAACAGACAGAUGGAGGAGAAGAACAGAGAGAUAGAGACACUCAAUGACAAUUAUUCAAAAGUAUGGGACCUUUAUGAGUCAGCAAUGAAGCAAAAUGUUCAAGAAUGAAAAAAAUUUGUAAUUAGUAAUUAAAUAUUAGUAAACAAAAAUGAGUGUGUGACACAGCACAACUCAUCUAAAGUAUUCUCACGUUUUAGUGAGUUUUACUAAAAAUCUCUGAAGUUCUCAAGCCAAAGAGAUGAUAAUGAACGAGAAAGUGUUAAUGAGUUAAUGUGGAGGCAGACAUACACUGAUUUAUUCUUCUGUGUGGAUGUCCAACCCAAUCUCAUGGCAAUAUGUUUAUAUUUUUAUAAACGUGCCUACUUCGUAUUUCUACAAUCUGUUUUCAUCCAUGUGGCAUUGUUUGCAGCUUGGUUUCAGUAAAUCUUUUGCACUGCACUCAAAAAAAACUUUUACGUUUGCCAAUUUUACUUAAUCGUUUCAUGUUGUGAUUACUUAGAAUCAUCAAUUUAACAACGUGAACUUAAUUUAAUCUAGUUCAUUUAACAAAAAAGUGCGUCUUCUCAACGUUGCUUGAAAAUUAUUUGUUCAGCCAACAUAACAUGCAUAAAAGUAACAGAUUAAUCAAACCAAUACAGACUUGUAUCUCAUUGGCUGAGGAUUUUGCAGUGUAUUGCGGAUAAUUGUUGUUCUGGCACCGUCUUGCAGAAGUGUAGCACCAUAGGUUUGUGAGUAAUAAGUGUCCAAAUAUGAUUCAAUGAAUUUGUUCUGAUAUAUUUUAGAAAAAACAAACAAAUAAACUGUUUGAAAUAACAUUACAUUUAUGUUUGUGAUAUGUUUGAUAAACUGUAAUUUAAAAAGGUCUAUAUGAUCAGUUGUAUUGAGCAGCUGCACUUUGAUUGAUUGAUUUUGUGUUGUGUACUUAUUAAAUCCUAAUUAAAGGAGAAGGAGUUUAUAAAAUGGAGUUAUUCAAAUUUUUUGUCAUCAUUAAUUACAUUUUUCUUGUACAAUUAACUCAGUUGUUGUUUGUUGACUCUACUGAGGUUUGUUAAGUUUACUUAAACAACUUCUGUAAAAUUAACUAAAUUAUUGUUUGUUGAGAUUACUUAAACAAAUUGUGUGGACCCUGUUAACCUUUUUU